GGUGCGUAGUAGGAAGUGACGACACGGCCGUACGAUUCACAUGGUGAAGGAAGAUCACACAGUGUAUGCGGUUGCACAAGGGUUGUGAAAGAGUUUUGUACAUUUUAAAUUUUACGAAAAUCUAUUAUAGUUUACAAUCUGAUUACUCGGGUUAACUAAAUCAACAAGAAAGAACAAAGAUUUAAUAGAAUUUAGGCCAAAUUUGGUCUUCUUUCUGAGGGCCAUUCGCGCCAUUUUGAUAAAUUGUGAAUACUGCGAAGUUGGAAAUUAGUCAGUGAUCGAAGUUUUCAGAGACUCAAAACAAAACUAAGAAGAUGUCUGCCAACGGAGAAACGAGCGCAGACAGGAACGUAGAGAUAUGGAAGAUCAAGAAACUUAUCAAAAGCUUGGAAGCUGCGAGAGGCAAUGGCACCAGCAUGAUCUCUCUCAUUAUUCCACCCAAAGACCAAAUUUCCAGGGUGGCAAAAAUGUUGGCUGAUGAGUUUGGAACCGCCUCCAAUAUAAAGAGCAGAGUGAACAGGUUGUCAGUAUUAAGUGCUAUCACAUCUGUACAGCAGAGACUGAAGCUGUACACAAAAGUCCCUCCCAAUGGUUUGGUGAUCUACUGUGGAACAAUAGUCACUGAUGAUGGGAAAGAAAGAAAAGUGAACAUUGACUUUGAACCCUUCAGGCCCAUCAACACCUCCCUGUACUUGUGUGAUAACAAGUUCCACACAGAGGCCUUGACAGCACUCCUGGAAGAUGACAAUAAGUUUGGCUUCAUAAUAAUGGAUGGUAACGGGGCACUGUUUGGUACUUUGUCUGGUAACACGAGGGAGGUCCUGCACAAGUUUACUGUUGACUUACCCAAGAAACACGGUCGUGGAGGUCAGUCAGCCCUGCGUUUUGCACGUCUUCGUAUGGAGAAACGUCACAACUACGUGCGGAAAGUUGCUGAGACAGCAGUUACACUUUUCAUCACCAAUGACAAGCCGAACGUGGCAGGUCUGGUCCUCGCCGGAUCUGCAGACUUCAAAACGGAACUGAGCCAGUCAGACAUGUUUGAUCCUCGCCUUCAAUGCAAAAUCAUCAAAGUGGUUGAUGUAUCUUAUGGAGGAGAGAAUGGUUUCAACCAGGCCAUAGAAUUGGCAUCAGACUCAUUAUCAAAUGUCAAAUUUAUUCAGGAAAAAAAGCUCAUUGGGCGUUAUUUUGAUGAAAUUUCACAAGAUACAGGCAAAUACUGCUUUGGUGUUGAGGACACGCUGAAAGCCCUUGAGAUGGGCUCCGUUGAGACCCUUAUCGUGUGGGAAAAUCUUGACAUAACCAGAUAUGUACUAAAAAACCACUCCACAGACGAGGAAAAGAUUUUGCAUUUAAAGCCAGAGCAAGAAAAGGACAAGACAUAUUUUACUGAUAAAGAUACUGGAGUGGAACUGGAGUUGUCAGACAGCCAGCCAUUACUGGAGUGGUUAGCUAACAACUACAAAACUUUCGGUGCCACUUUGGAGAUAAUCACGGACAGAUCGCAAGAAGGAGCACAGUUUGUAAAAGGAUUUGGAGGAAUAGGAGGAAUCCUGCGUUAUCAGGUGGACUUCCAGAUGAUGGAGGGCCCUAUGGACGGAGAGUUUGACGACUGGGACAUGGACGAUUACUAAACUUCUUUAUGCAACACAAGACUGCAGGGGGGGUGGG